CUAUACUAGAAAUUGUGGAUAUUACAAACAAUGGAGGAGUCAAGAUUGAGUUUGAGUUUGAUAAACUUUUAUCUAUUGGUACCGUUGUUUCUUGCAAGUGUUCAUGGAUCUAUAGGUUUUGAGACAAAUGCUAUAGAGCCUCGUCUUAUGCAGACAAAUCCAUAUAUUCCAACAAGUUUUGGGCUUAAAGGUAGUGUUCCAAAAGACCCAAAUCCUGCACAACCUCCUAUAGAUCUCGCAUCAAGUUUUGGGCUUAAAAGGAGUGUUCCCAAAGGCCCAAAUCCUGCACAACCACCAAAGGAUCUCGUAUCAAGUUUUGGACUUAAAAGAAGUGUUCCCAAAUGCCCAAAUCCUGCACAGCCACCUAAAGAUCUUACAUCAAGUUUUGGGCUUAAAAGGAGGGUUCCCAAAGGCCCAAAUCUUGCACAACCACCAAAGGAUCUUGUAUCAAGUUUUGGGCUUAAAAGAAGUGUUCCCAAAGGCCCAAAUCCUGCACAACCACCUAAAGAUCUUGCAUCAAGUUUUGGGCUUAAAAGGAGGGUUCCCAAAGGCCCAAAUCCUGCACAGCCACCAAAGGAUCUUGUAUCAAGUUUUGGGCUUAAAAGGAGUGUUCCCAAAGGCCCAAAUCCUGCACAGCCACCUAAGGAUCUUGCAUCAAGUUUUGGGCUUAAAAGGAGGGUUCCCAAAGGCCCAAAUCCUGCACAGCCACCUAAGGAUCUUGCAUCAAGUUUUGGGCUUAAAAGAAGUGUUCCCAAAGGCCCAAAUCCUGCACAACCACCUAAGGAUCUUGCAUCAAGUUUUGGGCUUAAAAGAAGUGUUCCCAAAGGCCCAAAUCCUGCACAACCACCUAAGGAUCUUGCAUCAAGUUUUGGGCUUAAAAGAAGUGUUCCCAAAGGCCCAAAUCCUGCACAACCACCUAAGGAUCUUGCAUCAAGUUUUGGGCUUAAAAGAAGUGUUCCCAAAGGCCCAAAUCCUGCACAACCACCUAAGGAUCUUGCAUCAAGUUUUGGGCUUAAAAGAAGUGUUCCCAAAGGCCCAAAUCCUGCACAACCACCUAAAGAUCUUGCAUCAAGUUUUGGGCUUAAAAGGAGGGUUCCCAAAGGCCCAAAUCCUGCACAGCCACCAAAGGAUCUUGUAUCAAGUUUUGGGCUUAAAAGAAGUGUUCCCAAAGGCCCAAAUCCUGCACAACCACCUAAGGAUCUUGUAUCAAGUUUUGGGCUUAAAAGGAGGGUUCCCAAAGGCCCAAAUCCUCGACAAUCUCCUGGAGAGCCUCCUGUAACAUUCAACUAAGAUCAAUAUACUCUAACAAGGGUUAGAGUUCUCUGAUGUCCAAUUCAUAUAUAAAAUUAUCUGUCUAAUCUCACUAAGCAUGUUCUUAGUGGUGAUCUAAAUAAAGGUGCAUCUUGUUGUAACCAAAAUGAUGAAUUGAGAAGUUCUAAUCUUCUUUUAA